UGGGCCAUAUCACCCACAUCCCUUCUUGGACCGCCACGUCCAAAGUCACCUAACAUUCGGACAUUGUGCUGCGUCACAGACCCGUCUGCUACUUCGCUUAUCCACAGCGCUUUUUCCUUUCUCGGUUGUUCUCGGCCUUCCCCCAAGCCUUGUCUCUGAUUUUUCAGGAUGAAUUAUGAAAUGGGUUCAUCUGCAGAUGGUGAUCGGAGCAGCAGCGGUGACAGUAGUAAUCAUGUUCUGGACAUUUACCCUCUCAGUUGUUACUACUUUGGUUCUAAAGACCCCCUUCUCCUCAAGGAGGAAACCUUGGCUGAUCGAAUUCUCAGAAUGAAAUCCAACUAUUCUAGAUAUGGGUCGAGGACUUGUGUGGUGGCAGUUAUUCUGGUUGAGUUGUUCAAGCAUCCUCAUUUGUUGCUGUUGCAAGUGAAAAAUUCCUUCUUUAAGCUUCCUGGUGGUCGCUUAAGACCAGGUGAAUCAGAGAUUAAUGGAUUGAAACGUAAGUUAUCACGCAAGCUUUCUGUCAAUGAAGAUGGAGAUGGAUCUGACUGGGAGGUAGGAGAAUGUCUUGGGAUGUGGUGGAGGCCUGACUUUGAAACAUUGUUGUAUCCAUACUUACCACCUAAUGUAAAAAAUCCUAAGGAAUGUACAAAACUCUUUCUUGUAAAGUUACCACCAAGUCGGAAGUUCAUCGUACCAAAAAACCUAAAAUUGCUUGCAAUUCCAUUGUGCCAGCUCCAUGAAAAUGACAAGACAUAUGGACCGAUAAUAGCAGGAAUCCCGCAGCUGCUGUCUAAAUUUUCCUUCAACAUCAUUGAUUCUUGAAGUAGAUUUUUCAACAGGGAUAAGGUGCCAUUCGAAUGUGAAGGAGCUGAGGAAUUGCAGUUUCAUGGUUGCAGGUAUGUUCAAUUCUUCUCUCUCUUGUUGUGGUUGUCGUUGUCGUGUGUUGGAGAAAUGGGCAUAAAUGUGUCUUACAACCAAACACUCUCCCUUCCCCAAUCCCCUCCAUUCCCUGGUCUAUUCAUUCAAUUGGAUUUCAGUUGUAUGGUUCCAAAUUUCCAAUAGUCUGAAAAAGAAAGAGAACUCUUAACUUGUUUUAGGAAAAAGGGUGAACCGUGCUGUGCCAAAGUAUAUAUUUUUCUUGGAUUGGGUUUUGAUCAUCUCAUUUGAAAAUCAAUUGGUGUCCGUUAAGGGUCGAUCAAACCUUUCAUGACGUUUAAUAACAGCAAACCUUGCAAUCCUGUUUUAAGACCUUUUAUGCAUUGUUGCAUCCCAAUAUACUGUACUGUGAAAUCCCACUCAUGACCCUUGGCUUUUAUGCUUUGAUACUAGUUGGAUCGAGUUUUGAUCACCAUAUCCAAAAACUAAUUGGUAUCUAGUAAGGGUAGGUCAAACCUUUUCUGGUAUUCAACAUUAUACCUCAUGAGCUUAUUCUAAGACCCAUCAUUUGGUGAAUCAUACCAUGUUUAAAAACGACAUGAUUGCAACCCAACAAUUUCCUCCCAUGCAAACAGCCAGUGUUCUUCUUCCUGUCCCAUCAUCCUUGCUAAUAUUCCAAAUCCACCUUCCCUGUGGGUUAUCUAUAUUGACUUCUGCUUUCACAGGUUCAUGCCAGUAUCUAAUGGGUGUCCUAAUCCUAAUCCAACUGUUGCUCAUUUCCUCAAUCUUUAUAAGAUGCACUUAGAUACUGGAUUUUAAAGGACAUGUCCUUUCGGAAAGAUGUGGUUGUGACUUGUAAGACUGGCAGUGGUGGGACCUGGAAGUUGACACCGACCAUGGUAAUGGGUUGGCCAAUAGGGAUAAUGGGGACCUGGUUGUGGUGGACCGCGGCCGCCGCCCUGGUGAUGAGUGUCCAUGGUAGUGGACAGUGGUAGGUAUUGGGCAUGAAAGUAGUUGUGGUGGUGGGUUGAUGCUACUUGGGGGUGUUUGUAUGAUUGUGUUUAAAAUUUUAAACAUUGGAAGCUUACGGCUCUUUAUAAGGAUGGCUCAUCCUACUUC